CUCGAGUCAUUGCUGAAGGCCGCCCACAGUUCCGCCGAUUGUGGAGAGACCGGACACGGAUGAGUGAAUCGUGGUGGGGAGAGUGGUGGACUGCCAACGCGCAACCGAUUGUAGACGCCUAUGCAUCGAAGGAUGUGGCGGAGUUGUGGCGUGUCGUGGAACGGAUCCCAUGGACGUAUUACAACUACAUCAAGACCAUCUAUGACCGCAGCCCCGAGCACGUGAUUAUCGAGACGUUCUUGAUCGUGUUCAUCCUGUACAUUUCGUUCGUGAAGAAGAGCUCGUCGCGCCCGAAAGGAGAAACGGGCGAGAAGCUUACGGAAUCUGAAAUUCAAACGCUCUGCGAUGAAUGGGAGCCCGAGCCGCUCGUGCCAGCCUCGUUCAAGCCGGCGGACGACCGCCCUGCGUACAUUGGCGUUGUCGAAACAACUCCAUCCAGUCACAUCAAGAUCCAGGGUAUCAAAGACCCCUUGCUCAACAUGGCGACUGUGGACUUUCUGGGUAUGGCGGCGCGUCCAGAGAUCAAGUCGGUGGCGCGCUCGGCGCUAACCAAGUAUGGAUGUGGGUCUUGCGGUCCUCGUGGGUUCUACGGCACGAUUGACACGCACGAAAUCCUGGAGAAGGACCUCGCAUCGUUCAUCGGGACGACCGACUCGAUCACGUUCUCCGAUUUGGAGGCGACUUGUUCGUCGGUAUUGCCCGCCUACGCCAAGCGCGGCGAUCUCAUCGUGGUCGACGAGGGCGUGACGGAUUCGAUCCUCAUCGGCGUCAACCUCGCACGUUGCAAGACUCUGUUCUACAAACACAACGACAUGGAAGACCUUGAACGCGUGUUGGACUCCGUGCGCGCUGCCGACAAGAAGGCCGGCCGCGCGUCCGAUGCCCAGCGCCGCUACAUCGUCACGGAAGGGCUGUUCCGAAACUCGGGAGCUCUCUUGCCCCUUCCAAAGGUCGUUGAACUCAGCCGAAAGCACUGCUUCCGCCUCUUUCUCGAUGAAACGUACAGCUUUGGGGUGCUCGGCGCGACCGGCAAAGGCAUCACGGAGCAUUUCAACAUGAGCGUCGACGACGUCGACAUCUUGUGCGGCGCCCUGAGCACGACGCUGGCUGGAGUCGGUGGCUUCAGCACGGGAUCCCAACUCGUUGUUGACUACCAGCGCAUCAAUAGCGCUGGCUACGUUUUUUCGGCGUCUGCUCCGCCCUACACGUCUGCAGUAGCUUCCGAGUCCAUUCGCAUCCUCAAAAGUGAACCAGGCUUGCUCAAGUCGUUGCGCGAGCGCGCGGUCCAAGCCCACCGUUUGUUGUCAGCGAUCCCAGGUCUGCAUGUACUCAGCGACCCGAUAUCCCCCGUCGUUCAUGUUCGCGUGGCCACGGAAAAUGGCACGACAAACAAAGAAUGGACUGCCCAGGUGUGUCGCCGUGUCGUGGAGGAGGCCAAAACCCGCGGGUUGGCUGUUGUGUCGCCCCACUUGAAGCCCAACUCAUUGAUGGACACCCCGCUCGCAACCGUUCGUUUUACUCUCAACGCGAACCACACGACAAAGCACGUCGAAACCGCAUGCAAGCUGCUUGUCGACGCCUUCCAAGCGGCCGUCAACAACUUGAGUUCGUUCAAGCACGAUCUGCGCAAGGCCAAGGUAUCGAAACAGUAGGCAUUUAGAGGAAAGAGAUGCGCGAUCGAUAGCGUCGUCAUCGUCGCCAUGUCAGUCUUUUUCAACAAGCGCUGCCGCUGUGAGUAACUUGGCUGUCGACACGGUAGGAGGCCGCCGGCAAAAUCUCCAUCUCGCCACCGCCGAUCUCGUCGUGUGAUGGCUUGGACGAAAUUGGAUGAAAUUUGAUCCAAUUUUUUUGAUAUUUCGGGGAAAACC